AUUUCGCCCAACGACGAUUUAUCUAAAGUUGACUAUUUUAUUCCUACAAUGCAGAGGAACGGAAAGGAUAUAAUCCCGGAAAAAUUCGAUUUCGAGGAGGAGAUCGCUCGUCUGAUGGUCGAAUACGACCUGAUUGCUAUAGCUGAUCGGGAUGAAUCCGAAUCUGAGGACAGUGAAUUUGAUGACGACUCCGAUAGCCAAAUCUUUUCUACUUAUGAAGAGGACAGCUAGUAGUUGGGCAAACGCAAUGAUAUAUAUUUACAUGAUGGGGCUCUGGAUACUGCAUUUUUCACAUUUGCACGUUGUUGUUUAUCAAUAACUCCCAAUAAAGUGCUGUACCAU